CGAAUCCACGAUAUAAUACUGGAACCCCACCACCGGGGCUCGGCGUCCACAAAAAUUUUUUGCGCUAUAGAAAUUCCCAUUCAACAACUACUUGCUACCUUCGGCGCAUCGAAUACCCAAAGCUAAACAAUUAGCGAAAAAAGUAGCUACGCGAUGCCUACAGAACUUGAAGAACUGGUGGGCUUCCUGGGAUCUCCACGGCCGGAGAUUCGACAGAUAGCAUUGGAGCACCUAGUCGGCUACAGCCAAGGUCCGCAAAACUCAAUAUUCAAACCAGAGGGCUUAAAGCCCAUCAAGAACCUGAAAGUUCUCGUGAAUGACAUCGCCCAACACAAGCCCCGCGCCAAAAAUGCCCUCAAAAUCCUCAUAAACCUCUCCUCGGACCCCCCAAUCCUGACAUCCCUAGCGACAGACACGCCCUUCCUAGAAACCCUGCUUUCGCAGAUCACCAAUCUUUCCAACCCGAACGCGGACCUGGCCUCCAUGCUCCUGGCUAACCUGGCCAAGUCCGAUUCCAUCCAGUCCCUCAUAACGCUUACGCGCCCGCUCCUGGCGAAGGAGGUCAGCGCGAGCGAUAACGCUAUGGAUCAACUCUUGGAUCUGUUCGUCCGGGGUGCGGAUAAGAAGCUGAAUGAGCAGGCGUGCUUUGACUUUUUGAGCUACUUCUUCGCAGACGUUAGUCGCUUGGGGAAGGGGCGGGAGUACUUUGUCAGGAGGAGGGAGUAUGACGGGGUUGUUCCCAUUUCGAAGGUUAUUGUCUUCACCGAGUGUGGGAGUUUGGUAAGGAGGAAGGGGGUUGCUAGCGCUAUCAAGAAUUCAUGUUUCAACAUACCGUCGCACAAAAAUUUCCUUGCAGAGGACGGGAUUAACAUACUGCCAUACAUCUUGCUACCGAUCAUGGGGCCGGAGGAGUAUCCUGAAGAUGAAAUGCUCGAAAUGCCAUCUGAAGUCCAACUCCUUCCCCCCGACAAGGAGCGCGAGUCAGAUAAGGAUAUCAUCGUCACGCAUCUAGAGACUAUACUCCUGCUCACCACCACUCGUGAAGCAAGGGAGUAUCUGCGCGGGGUGAAUGUCUAUUGCAUUGUUAGAGAGCGUUGA